AUGGUACAAUCAGAUUCUGUGUACAGUAUCUCUACUGUAGGGGGCAAUGGUGUGCAGGGGGACUUGACUAAAGGGGGCACUGGUGUCCUGAGAGACUAUGAGAAGAUGCUGAUGGAAGAAGCGACAGAAAAUAAGCCUAAACAAAAGGUAAAGAAGAAGAAGAAGAAAACUAAGAUUGCCACAGGAAAGAAAGUGAAGACAAAACCAGCAGAAUUAGAUGCCAGGGAAUUGAUAACACAAUCAGGAUCUUCUUCAGCUUCAUCUCCAGAGGAGCAGAAGACAUAUCGUAAGCCAUCAUACACACCACGUGGUACCUCCGUACGGAUUGAUGUCCCUGCCUACCCAAUCGGCAUUCAUCACGUGACCCCUCGCUCUGAUGACAUCAUUCCAGCAUCGCCUGCUCCAGAAUACCACUCAGACUCGGCAGAAUCUUUACAAGAAAUCCCUCUAUCAGACACAAAUAUAUCUAGUAGAUCUCAAAAAAACACUGAACGAUCUUCAACCCGGCUUAGUCCAGGUUUGUCAUCCAGUUCCAGGGAUCCUAGUCCUUCUUUUGGGGACGGGAUAUCCGAGUACUCGGACCGGUUGCUCCCAGGUCGGAAGAAAAUGAAGAAAAAGAAAGAGAAACUGCACACAGAUUCCUCGUACCCUGUGAGGACUAAUCAUCACUCUCUCAGUGCCAAAAUGCUCCAAGAGGAUGGCGUUUUUGAUGACAAUCAAGAUAUUUCUACUCGAGUAAGGUUGACUUCAAGGCCUCGUGUGAAAGCAGCGCAUUUAGGCGUUCCGCCAUUGGACCUCUCUAGUGUUCGUGGAGACAGUGAUGCUGCAAUGUCUUUAAGCUCGUCUAGUCGAUCGAAGAAAUCACACAUGACAAGUCAAGCUUAGAAUUCAGGCGGCUGCGUUCAACCUGCUCUCAGGUGGUUAAUCUAAAAGGCAUCCCUUUGCUCAAUAGACUUAGUAUAACUAGAAAAGCUUCAUGGUUUUCAUUACUAUCUGUGCCAUAAGACUUAAGCAGUGAUGAAGUCGCCUAAGCUUUACUGCAUGUUUAUUGUGGUCAUUUCUGGAUCUUGGACACUUGACCCCAGAAAAGAAGACCUUGUCAAUCAUAGGAGAGUUGCUGUAUUUUUUAAUGCUUGAAUGUCAAUGUAUAUUUCAGGAAUGGGAUCUCUUGAUGCCUUAUACAAACUUGCAGUUGCCAAAGAUGUGUUUCUUUCAUAAUAUGCACAAUGGACUGUAUUAUAUAUCUCUAGCCUUCACAGUGGCAGUAAUUAUGGAAGCUAUUUGAGUUUCUCCAUUGUGAAAGAUUUGUCAUUGUGUCUUAUUAGGUCUACCAUAUUUUUAUCAUUGCUUUUUUUUUUAAUUCUUUUUUACUUCAAUUCAGCUGUAAGCUGAAGUCUAAAUCUCUUGCUCUCCCAACCUCCCAAGUCCUGUUGAGUGUUUAAUUUCAUGAAAGAAAAUUUUAAAAACAGAGCUCAUUCUAAUAACUUAUGGCAUAUUUUAUAUUUAAUGAAGGUAUAACAUUUAGUGAGAGGAAAGACAGUAACAUGAUGAGCAGAAUAUAUUCAGGACUUUAGAACUUAUUGGAAAGGCUGGCAGUAUGGGAAAAAUUGAUUGAAAAAAAGUUGCAAAGUGACCUGAAUUUGUUGAAAAGGCAAGUAAAAGAAGAAAAUUCUUGUAGAAAAUUUUAGAGGUAAUUAUUUUCUAUUU